AUGAAGAUUCCUACUAUCGCUGCUGUUUUAGGCCUUGCUGCCGUCGUCUCUGCUGAAGUCUUCCUCCAUGAAACUUUCUCUGAUGGUGAAGGUUGGAAGGACCGUUGGACCGCUUCUGAACAUCGCGAAGAUCUUGGUAAGCUUGAGGUUUCUCCUGGUAAGUGGUUUGCUGAUGAAGCCUACAAUGCUGGUCUCAGAACCACUGAGGAUUACCGCUUCUAUGCUACCUCUACAAAAAUCCCCAAGCCUUUCAACAACAAGGGCAAGGAUCUCGUGAUUCAAUUUGAUGUCAAGAAUGAGCAAGACAUUGACUGUGGUGGUAGUUACUUGAAGAUCUUUGGUGAUUUGGAUCCUAAGACUUUCAACGGUGACAGUGAAUACAACAUCAUGUUUGGUCCUGAUAUCUGUGGCCCCAAGGCUAUGGUGCAUGCCAUCUUCAAUUACAACGGUACCAACCAUGAUUUGAAGAAGUCUAUCAGUGCUCCCAAGGACACCUUGACCCACACCUACACUCUUGUCGUGAAGCCUGAUCAAACCUACGAAAUCUUGAUUGACGGUAAGAGCAAGGCCGAUGGUAGCCUUUUGGAAGAUUGGGAUUUCUUGCCUCCCAAGACCAUCAAGGAUCCCAAUGCCUCCAAGCCUGAAGACUGGGUUGAGGAAGCCAUGAUUGUGGAUGAGACUGAUGUCAAGCCUGCCAACUAUGAUGAUAUCCCUGAAUUCAUUCCUGAUCCUGAAGCCAAGAAGCCUGAAGAUUGGGAUGAUGAUAUGGACGGUGAUUGGGAAGCUCCUUCUAUUGCCAACCCUGAAUACCAAGGUGAAUGGACUCCCAAGAAGAUCCCCAACCCUCUCUACAAGGGCGAAUGGGUCCAUCCUGAAAUUGACAACCCUGAGUACAAGGUCGAUAACGAGAUCUAUGCUUACGAUUUCGCUAAUGUUGGUAUUGAUGUCUGGCAAGUCAAGUCUGGCACCAUCUUUGAUAACAUCUUGAUCACUGAUGAUGUUGAAGAAGCCAAGAAGGUCCGUGAUGAAACCAAGGCUCUCCAUUCUUCCGAGGAAGGUGCUCAAGCCGCCUACAAUGAAAAGAUCCAAGCUGAAGCCAAGGCCAAGGCUGAGGCUGAAGGUGUUGCUCCUCCUGAUGAGGGUGCUGAGAAGAUUGAUCUUGAACAAUUUGAACCUCCUGUCAAGUUUGACGAGGUCCCUCCUGCUGCUGCUGAAGCUCUUGAGAAGGCCAAGGAAGAAGAGAUCCUCGAAGCUAUCCAAGAAGAAGCUGCAAAGAAGGUGGAGGAAGAAGAUUCCAAGAAGCCUGUCAAGGAUGAAUUGUAA